GAAUACAUUAUAAACCUCGACAAUCAACAUAAAAAUACUUAAGUAAAUAGUCAUAAAAAUUUGCAUAAAAGACAAACACGACGGUAAAGUAUCCAACGUAGUGCCAAUUCUACCAACUAAUAAACUAUUGUAAAAAUACAAAGGAACACCGUUACACUAAGCCAUGCGCUAAUCGAGCAAAAAAUUAUUUCGACAAAUCAUCGAACAUAAUUACUGGAGCUAAACGUGUUAUCACAACAAUCAGAGCGUUGAUCUUUGACUUAAUCAAACCUUAAUAAUAGAGAAAUGGCGAUCAUUAGAACACAGGUCAGAAAUAGAUGUCUCCAUCAAUAUUUAUUAAGAACCGUUCCGGCGGGCCAUAAACGAAAACUUGUAAUUUUACGAGAGAAUAUAAACUGAGAUUCUGUAUCUUGACUUGCAUUUCUAUUUUGUGUUCGCAACAUGACGUUUCCUAGUGGUUUUUUAAUAUACGCCGCGGUUAUCAUUGCAGUGGCAGCAGGUAAAACAGAAAAGAAAGAAGUGAAGCCCUCACCGCCAGUGUUCCAAUCAGCUCAAAUUAAGGUUGGGGACAAUCACGUGUCAGCCAUCAGCUCCGGAAAUGGCGCCGGCGUUGCAAGCGUAGCCAGCGUCGCCUCCAGGAAUGGAAGAGUAUCAUCAUUCAGCGGGGUCUAUUCUCAUCCUGGACUGGAAUCACCAAUCAUGAUUUCCAGUAAUGACGCAACAAGAAUUACAAAGAGCUCCGAUGGAAAGGCAGCUUCGAUGACCAUAACAAAAGAAAUCGACGACAAAUAUUCAAAAGGAACGAUUAAAAUUUCACCCGGAUCGGUCUCAGUGACGUCAGUAGCUAAAUCGGGUGCUGGGGCUGCACCUGGAGCUGGUGCUUUCAAAUAUCAACAACCGACUCCGUUUAUCCCCUUCCGUCCAUUUAUCCAAGACCCAUUUUUCUUUCCUCCCAUCCAAAUGCCGCAACCAAGGUAUGAUCCAUGGUUUCCUUCAGACAAAUUCAAGAACACAGCUCAAUCCAGAACGAGUAAUGUAAGACCAUCAUGGUACUACCCAGCUUUCAAUCCGUAUUUCAAUUAUUGGCACUGAUUAAUGAUUAUUAAUUUAUUUAAAUGUUAUAGUUAUUAUGAUAUUUCCAUGUGAUAACUAGUUAGACGUGUUUAUUUAAUAAAUUCAUAAAAACUCUUUUUGGUUUCUGUGCUAUUGUUUUUAAAUGUGACGCCUACAUUUCUGUGUCAUUAUUUAUAGUAUAUUAUUAACAUACAUACGAUUAUAUAUGUCUAUAUAAGGCAUAAAAAUAACUUGAAUUAUACAGAAAUUACUUAAGGUAAUAAAUGAGAUAAAU